AUGAGCAUCGCCAACCUGCAGAUUGAGCAAGCGGCGCAGGGCGGCCAAGGACGACCAGCCGGCGGAUCCCCGCGUGGCGCUGCAAGCCACCCGAUGCUGCCAAGGCGUCGUCGUCGAUUCCGCCUGUUUCCUCUCACAUUUCUGCCUGUGAUGGCCCUGCUGUUGAGGCCAGAGCUGAUAUCACUGUGCCCAAACCCCAACGACGCGGAAUCAGAAAAUCGAACCACUGGAAUCCGGAGUCCCCAACUUAUUUCGACCGGCGGUCGAAACUAA